CUCAUCUUCAUCUCCAAAUUCCAAUUACUUGUCUUCAUAGCUAUAAGGGCGUUGUUGUAGUUACAUCUACCUUUCCAAACCGUCCCACCCAACCCUUCCAUUUCCGCAUUCAAUUCCCAAAAUCUAAUCUAUUACGUAUUCCACUCUACAGUUCUGUAUAUAUACCGCCACAUUAUCCCAUUUUUCUCACGCCCUACAAAAAAUUUCCUCCUACCAAACACUUCUCCCACGCAAUGACAGAUCCCAACGCCGUUAACAUCACCGCCGGAGCCGGAGCCGGCGCCGGAGGUACGAUCCCGGUGAUCCAGAUCAGACAACCUCGGCGGUUACCUGAUUUUCUGCUGAGUGUUAAUCUUAAGUACGUGAAAUUAGGGUACCAUUAUCUGAUGACUCACCUGUUGACUCUGUGUUUAGUCCCUCUCAUGGCCGUCACAUUGGUCCAGGCGGCGCAGAUGGACUACCAGGAUUUGCAUAAUAUGUACCGGAAUCUCCUGUACAAUCUCGUCAGUAUCGUCGUCUUCUCCGCUAUUCUCGUAUUCGGUUUCACGCUCUACAUCAUGACCCGUCCCAGAUCCGUUUUUCUCGUGGAUUAUUCCUGUUACCGGCCUCCGGUGGAGCUUCAGGUCCCGUACAAGAAGUUCAUGGAUCAUUCCCGGCUUACCGGCGAUUUUGACGACUCGUCGUUGGAUUUCCAGCGGAAGAUUCUGGAAAGAUCUGGACUCGGCGAGGAGACUUAUCUCCCGGAGGCUAUGCAUAAUGUUCCGCCCACGAUUAACAUGGCCUCUGCUCGGGCGGAAGCGGAACAGGUCAUGUUUGGUUGCCUGGAUAACUUAUUCCAGAACACCAAAAUCAACCCCAAGGAUAUCGGUAUCCUCGUGGUGAAUUGCAGUCUCUUUAACCCUACUCCCUCUCUCUCCGCCAUGAUUGUGAAUAAAUACAAGCUGAGAGGGAAUGUCCGGAGCUUCAAUUUGGGGGGAAUGGGGUGCAGCGCCGGCGUUAUCGCCGUCGAUCUGGCGAAGGACAUGCUUCAAGUUCACCGGAACACGUACGCCGUCGUCGUUAGCACCGAGAACAUCACGCAGAACUGGUAUUUUGGGAACAAGAAGUCCAUGUUGAUCCCGAAUUGCCUAUUCCGCGUCGGCGGCGCCGCGAUUCUGCUAUCCAAUAAAUCGGCGGACAAGCGGCGGGCCAAGUAUAAGCUCGUCCACGUCGUCCGGACUCACAAGGGCGCCGAUAACACCGCCUUCCGGUGCGUGUACCAAGAACAAGACGUUACCGGAAAAACAGGGGUGUCGUUAUCCAAAGACCUGAUGGCCAUAGCCGGCGGAGCUCUUAAAACCAACAUAACCACCCUGGGCCCACUCGUGCUCCCAAUCAGCGAGCAGUUACUGUUCUUCGCCACGCUCGUUACCAGAAAGCUGUUAAAGAACGCGAAAAUCAAGCCGUAUAUUCCGGACUUCAAACUAGCGUUUGAACACUUCUGCAUUCACGCCGGCGGGAGGGCGGUGAUCGACGAGCUGGAGAAGAAUCUCCAGCUGUCACCGGUCCACGUCGAAGCUUCUAGAAUGACGCUGCACCGGUUCGGCAACACGUCAUCGAGCUCCAUUUGGUAUGAGCUGGCGUACACGGAGGCGAAGGGGAGGAUCCGAAAGGGGAACCGGGUUUGGCAGAUCGCGUUUGGGAGCGGGUUUAAGUGUAACAGUGCGGUUUGGAAAGCUCUAAGGAAUGUGAAGCCUUCCCCAAACAGCCCCUGGGAAGACUGCGUUCAUAGGUACCCAGUGGAAUUACCCAACUAAACGGCAGUCGGCAACGCAACGGACAACUUUAAUUUGAAGUUGAGUAAAUUAUUAUAUGUAUGGGGGAAUGAAUGUCUUUUGUUCUAUUAAUGUUAGUUUGGACUAUGAUUUUAAUUAGCGUAUAAGUAUAUUAGACUUUUCGAGAUGGUCACUACUAUAUUUGGCAUUUGUAAAUGUAUUUUUCCCAUUCAUGUGAUAUCAUAUGUUGUUAUAAUCUUGCCACUA